GGUUUGCUCAUCUUUUAAUUUCUCGGCUAUGGAAUGGAUGCCUUUACAGAUUUCAUCUCUGGAAACAAUUUAGUUGGGUUGUCUAUAUAUAUGGUUGGAGGCAAGUUUAGUUGGUGUAAUAGGAGAGCAAUGAGCAGACUGGAUGUGGCUGAAGAGUUUAUAAAUGUUAUGCCUUAAUUUCCUUUACCAGAAAAUGCUCCCUGUAUCUCUCUCACCACAACCCUGUUUGCGUGUCUCAAGAUUGGAGAGCAGCAUUAACGCCUCUUUCAUCGCAUUAAUCCCUAAAUUUGGAGGUCCCUCGAUCAUCUUGAUCCAACUACAGGCCACUAAGUUUGGUGGGAAGCAUCGAAAAGAUUUUGGCCAAAGUUAUUAAUUUCUAAUAGGUUUAAGCGAGUGAUGGAUAAGAUUAUUAAUUAGUCAAAACCAAUUCACUUUCAUUAAAGGGUGAUAAAUCCUUGACGUUCACUGGUAACCAAUGAAAUAGUGGAUAUUUUGAAGAAGAUUAAUGAAGAUGGCGGAUUAAUUCUUAAAAUGGACUUUGAGAAAGCUUUUGACGGGUUAUCUAGGUACGAUGUUGAGCAAAAUGGUUUUGGAAAUUUAUUGAGGAAAUGGAUAAUGCAUUGUGUCUCUAAUGUCUCCCUAUCUAUUUUAGUGAAUGGUUCCCCUACUAGGCAUGUACUUUUACAUGAAAAAGGAUCUUUGACAAGGUCGUUCAAUUUCACCCCUUCUUUUUAAUAUUAUAGCUGAAGGUUUUAGUUCUUUUUGCCACAAAGCAGCUAUAGCCGACCUUUUUGAAGGUGUUUCUGCUUGGGAAUAAUGGUAUGGAAACCACUCAUCUUCAAUUUUUUUCACAUGCUUUCAUUCUUGGAUGAUUUGGACAUCAUGUUGUGCUCGAUGGAAUGUUGAAUGAUCAAUGGGUAUGCUAAAGCAACACCAAAAGUUUCUUUCUUCUUUGGUAGAAUAUUGCAAAAUCAUGAUUGAAAAAUCAUUUUCCGCAAAAACAAACGCACCUAAAUUUUAUUGCAAAAAGAUAUCUCUGUAAUGAAUUAGGGUUGCAGCAGGGCAAGUAACCCUGCAAGAAGAAGAGGAGAAACAUUAACCCCUGAACCUUGUAACUGCCUUAAAAGAAAGUAAACGGCGCAUCAAAUAUUCUUGCUUUGUGUAGGGAACAAAGAAACAUUUGCUCCAUGCAUGCGCCCUUUCCUAAAACCAAUUUAUUGGUCUCAAACCUCUACUUCUCACUACACUAACCUCAUAAAACACUCUUUAUCCUUAAAGUCCAUUAAAUUUGCCCAAACAAUCCAUGCUCAGUUGAUCAAAUUCGGAUUCAAUGGCAUAACUUUUCUGGGAAAUCUUUUUGUCGAUCUUUACUUCAAAGUUGGCUCUUUUAACGAUGCUUCCAAAGUGUUUGAUGAUAUAAAUGACAAAAACAUUAUAUCUUGGAACAUUUGGUUGAAUGGGUUGUUAAAGUCUGGUCAUUUUAAGCAAGCAUGUUUAGUGUUCGAUGGAAUGCCUGAGAGAGAUGUUGUUAGCUGGAACUCGAUGAUUUCGGGUUGUGGGUUGAUGGGGUUUUGGGGUUAUGGAUUGGAAGUGUUUAAGGAAAUGCAGAAUUUUGGUGUUAGACCGAGUAAGUUCACGUUUUCAAUUCUGACAACAUUUGUCUCGUGUGCUAGUCAGGCAAAGGAAAUUCACUGUAAGAUGAUUACGAGUGGUGUUGGUUUGUCCAAUUUGGUGAUUGGCAAUUCGUUGAUUGAUAUGUAUGGGAAGCUUGGCUUGUUAGAGUAUGAUGGCGUGUUUUUUAGUAUGGAAGAGGUGGAUGUUGUGUCUUGGAAUUCACUGAUUUCGGUUUGUUGUAAGUCAGGUUAUGCAGACUUAGCAUUGAAACAGUUUGAUCAGAUGAGAUUGGCUGGUUAUUUGCCAGAUGAAUUUACAGUUUCCAAUGUGAUUACUGUUUGUACUAAUUUGAGAAAUUUGGAUAGGGGUAAACAAAUCUUUGCUCUGAGUGUCAAGGUGGGAUUCAUCUCAAAUUCCAUUGUUUUAAGUGCACUUAUUGACCUUUUUUCAAAAUGCAACAUAUUGGAGGAUUCAGUUCAGCUUUUUGAAGAAGUGGAAUAUUGGGACUUCGUGCUUUGCAAUUCUAUGAUCUCAAGCUAUGCAAGGCAUGGCUCACAGGAUGAUGCUUUGCUACUUUUCCAGCUUGCCAUGAGGGAGGAUUGCAGGCCUACUGAGUUCAUACUUAGUAGUGCUCUAAGCUGUGUAACCAUCCUUUCAGUUGAGCAAGGAUACCAACUCCAUUCUUUGGUGAUAAAAUCAGGUUUUGAGUCUGAAUCAAUUGUUGCCAGUUCACUUGUCGAUAUGUAUUCUAAAAUUGGAUCAAUUUACUCAGCAAUGCUGAUUUUCUCUGAAAUACAUGUAAAAGAUCUAAUAUCUUGGAACACUUUAAUCAUGGGUUUGGCUCACAAUGGCAGAGUUGUUGAGACGUUGGAACUAUUUAAGAAACUACUUAGAGAAGGUCCGGCACCAGAUCGAAUAACACUUGCUGGAGUUCUACUAGCUUGUAGAUAUGGUGCUUUUGUAGAUGUAGGAAUGAGUAUAUUUUUAUCAAUGCAGGAAGAAUUUGGAGUUAUGCCUUGUGAUGAGCAUUAUGCUUGUGUUGUGGACUUGCUCUUUCAUGCUGGUAAAUUCAAAGAAGCCUUUGAUACUUUAGAAGCAAUGCCUUUUGAACCUAGUUUUUUAGUUUGGGAAUCACUAGUUCUUGCUACUGCAACUUAUGCCGACCUAAAUUUAACUGAAAGAGUAGCAGAAAAGAUGAUAGAACUGAAACCACAGUCAUCUUUACCUUAUUUGGUGUUGAGUCGCGCAUAUGAGAUGAGGGGUAGAUGGGAGGGUAUGAUUCGAGUCCGGAAGGCAAUGAAGCAGAGGUUGAAGAAAAUUAUUGGAUGCAGCUGGAUUGGAAUAAAAAACCAUAUAUUUAUGUUUGAGGCAGAUCGGUUACAGCAUGAGGGAGGAAAAGAUCUAUAUUUAAUAUUGGAACUAUUAACUUGGGACUUGGAAGAAAAAGGCGGUAUUCAUGUACAUCAUAAGACAGAGUGUGCUGAGUGGAGUAAGAUUGAAAUAGAGCUAGAAAAUUGUAAAACUCAGGCUCUGAUUUGUUGAUAACUCUAGAGUCCUCUUCUCUAUAUAUCCCUUAGCCAGCAUACCUAGAAUAAAGAGGUUAAAGAAGAUCACUAUGUAUGUUUAUGGUUUUGCAUAUGUUUUUGUUUAACCCAAAUGCUAAUGAAGGCUGGCUUGAUAUACUCCUUGCCAAGUUUGUCUAGGUGUUGUUCAUUAUCUAGUGCAAAUGACAAGAAGAAAAUGGAUUCUAUUAUUUUUAUGAAAACACUAAUUACUAGUUUGCUCAGCAAGUUGCAGUGCAAAGAAGUGAUUAGUAUAGCAUCUGCUGCUGCUCUGAGCAAAGAUGAUACUGUCUUGGCCCAGUUAAAAUAUGCAUAUAAAGGUAUUCAUGGUUAUACUCUCCAAUUUGUAAAGAAUAGGCUCAUGGGAUAUCAUGAUAUUGUCUAAUACUGUGUAUAAUGUGUUGGCACUCCAGUACCAGUAACCUGGAGUUCUAUGUGGUUUCUGUAGCUAAAAAAUUUGGCAAUUAAUGCUCAGAAAAUAAGGCCUGUGGUGGUAAAGGUACGCAGAUGCCAGUUCAUUAAAGGUCAAGCAAGACAACUUCUUCUCUAUUUCAUCUUGUAUUAAAUAAGAUAACUAAAUUCUGAAUACAUGGGCAAAUCUUGACCCUGAGUGUUUUUGUUCUGUGCAUGUGCUUGAUAGUACUUUGUUCUCACAUUAGCAGGAGAUGGCGGUAGCAGUGAGGUUUGUAGAGAGAUAAAAAUAAAAAAGAAAUUCAUCUCUUAAUUGUUUUCAGUUCUCCAGGAGAUAAACCUUGUUUCUCAGUUUCUCAUAUUAAGUACCUUUUCAGGAUGAUUUUGCUGGUUUGAACUUGGCUGCAGUUAUGGAAGCCCCUCAUUUUUGUUUGUUGCAAAAAUGGAUGUGAUGUAAAAACACAUAUAUCAGAAGACUUUUGAAGUAUAAUUUCAUAAAAGGGUGAUGAUAUUGGUGUUAAGGGCCAAGCUCAUGGAAUCCAAAGCAUCUGGGUGGAUGGAACUGAUGGACUUUUUGUUUUUAGAGCAUUUGAUGUAGGUUAGAGAAAAGACGGAAGUUAGCCUGGACCUGUCUUAAUUGAGGUGAGAUCACAUUUGGCAUCUCCUUUUAAAAGCCAAAACUUAAAUUGUGCCGUGAUAUCAUUCUUCAGCUUUUAGAUGUUGUGUAAUGCCAAAACAAUUUUUUUUAAAGGGUAAGAUAACGAAUUUGUUGGAAAGACCAAUGGCAUCCAACGAAUUAACUUUAAAAACCAAAAACCAUAUAAGAACUAAGAAGCGACACUGUUCCUAACUUUUCUCGACAUCAUUGUUCCAUGUAAUAAUAAUAUUAAUAGCUGUGUCUAAACUUGGGACCUCCUGUCCGUAAGAGUACCCUUUAUCACUUAGAAAUUCAGAUUCCACUUUGGAAUUCUCAGCUUUUGAAUCUUAGGAGAAGGAGAUGGGCUGGGAUGGGGGAGGUUCACCUACCUUUGUGUAGCCUAAGGUCCGGUGGAUACUCAAAAGAAAUUAUAACUGGUUGAUUUUAAUUAAUGCAUGAUCUUGUGUCACAGGUCGAGAUUUAAGCUCUGACCCGCGCGACUCCAGGAUCCGAGCAUUCACCCUUCUGACAUCUUAGAUUAACCUGAUUGUCACGGUUUACACCCUUGUGAGGUAUUGUCCGUUCUGGUCCUUCUGGCCUCAUGGUUUUGUCUUAUAAAAGGCGCUUCACAAAGAAGAUAUGGUAUGAAUUCUUUUAUACCUUAGUGACCCAUCUUUUAUGUUCGAUGUGGGAUUCAGGACUCCUCCUUAGGUCCGUGACAUUUUCCCCCACCUAACCUCAUGACGCUUUCGUCAUGGAAGCUGGCCACUCUGCUUACUCCCCUUGGAGCGCUUGGCAUGGAUCAAACGGUUUAGGGCUGACUCUGAUACCACUUGUCACGGGUCGAGAUUUAAGCUACGACCCACGCGGCUUUAGGACCCUGGUAUUCAACCUUUCAACAUCCCAAAUCAGCUUGACUGUCACGGUUCACACUCUUGUGAGGUAUUGUCCGCUCUGACCCUCUUGGCCUCACGAUUUUGUUCUACAAAAGACCUCUCACAAGAAAGAGAUGGUGUGAACUUUUUCAGCCAACCUUGAACCAGUCCAGAAGAACCGUCAAUGAACCGGUUUGAAUCGGUCCGAACCACUGGAUCGCCUGAACUGCUGACUG